GUAAAUACUGGAUCGUAUCAAUUUAGUUUUAGCAACAAUAACUUUCGCUUUCAAUACACCAGAAAUGAGCAGCGCGGGGUCUUCCUGGAUUUCGUGGAUGAAUCCGAACAACUGGACGAUCACCAAGGAAAAGGGCAGGGCUCUUCGACAAAAAAUCCAUGAAAUCUCUCAGUCUUCUGUCCUAGAUGAGGCAGGCAUUGAAGACGCUCAGAUCCUUACUUUGACUAGAGAGGAUCUGAACGAGCUUUUUCCUGGAAUUAAGAACUUUCAGCUCAGAAGGACGGUUAUGACACUAAUAACAGGAACAAUGAAGGAUUCACUUAAACAUGGCCCAGAAACAUUGGCUGGUGCCAUGAAGCAUUUAAUGCACAAAAACGAUGAUGCUGCUGUACAGGAAGUCUUAAAGGAGUCUCUUCGAGCGUUUAAACAAAUGGAGGAUCAGCUUAAAGCAGCACAGGCUUCGUUGAAACCAUACAUUGAGGUCUUGACUAGUCUCUCCGAGGCACCUGCUAGACCAGAGGACUUGUCAAACAAGAGAACAUUUCCAAACUCAUUCCCAGCAGAUACAAACUCUACAACUGUGCAGACUCGCAGGUUUGAGCCUUUGGUCAGAGUGCAUCCAUUUGUUUGUGGUCGAACCUUGGGAACGGACAAGCAAAUUCUUUCCCUGCUCAGGGGAGUUAAAGAGACUAAUUUAUUGGACUGUCAGUUGAUACUGGCCUUCAAUCCUGUGACUUCACGAGCUGGAACUGACACAGAGGAAGCAUUAAAGAAAAUUCCAGCUGAUAAACCAGCAGUACUGGUGACAAUGCACCAUACCUUCAACCCUGCCUACACAUGCCCCAGUGUAAAUACAUCAUCUCAAUUGAACAAUGUGGAACACGUUAAUGUGCUCUUCCACGACUCUCAUCACGGUCUUCUUAGGUGUCCAACAAAUGAACAUGCAAUUGCCAAACUUCAGUCGGUCUUAAACCAAUACAUGUAAACAGUCUUGCUUCAAACGCUUUAACUGUCAAUCACUGAAAAUGACACUGCCAUGUAUUUAUGCUGUAUGAUCAUAUGAGAAGACAAAAACAACAAGCCAGCUAAUAAACAACUAAUAAACCGA